CCUCAUUUCCUCUAAAAGAGCACUCUGAUUGUGACGGAUCUGAAGCCCAAAACAUUAACCUGACUAUUGGCUUGCAGGAAGCAGAGACUUCUGUAUGUGAGUGAGUGAUUUCACCCGCUGGGACCCGAGUAGAUAAAAGGAAACUGAAGAUGAAGCCCGCUGCCACCUAUGAGCUACUGGUGGAUGGAGUUGGGCAGUGGGAUUUUACUGGAAAUUUUGUUCCUUGUGAGCUGUUGCUCACAGGAGACGCUGCAUUCCCGGUGUUGGUGAGCCCUGAGAAGCAGGUACUGAUCGCUGUUUCUCACUAUGGGAAAGGCCGGAUGGUGGUUGUUUCUCACGAGGAAAUCCUGAAGAAUCCCAACUUUUCCCAGUUCCUUAGGAAUGCUGUGGACUGGCUCAGACCCUCCCCAGAGGCACAGGUCGGAGUCCAUAGGAGCCUGGAUCCCCUCUCUCAGCUGCUCCUAAGGUCCAGCACUAAAGUGCAGCCCGGCGUGGGGCUCAGUGCCUCUCUAGGGGUGUACUGUACAGAUGCCUAUGACGACGCUCAGGCAGAAGAGCUGGUCCACUUUGUAAAGGGAGGUGGGGGCCUGCUCAUGGGUGGUCAGGCCUGGUACUGGGCUAGUCAACACAGUGCCGAGAAGGUGCUGUUCGAAUUCCCUGGGAACCGAGUGACCAGCGUGGCCGGCGUGUACUUCACUGGCAAUACAGUGGGGUCAGGGAUCUUCAAAGUCUCGGGAAAGAUCCCAAAGAUCCCCUUGAUCGUCCCGCAUGGGGCUAAUCUCAGCCAGGAUGCAGAGCUUCUCCUCAAGGGUGUGUCGGAACUGGAUAUAGUGACCGGCGGGGUGCCCUCCCAACUGCUGGUGCAUGGGGUGCUGGCCUUCCCUCUCGGCCUGGACAGCUCCCACCGCUGCUUCCUUGCUGCAGCGCGCUAUGGCCGGGGCCGGGUGGUGGUGGCGUCUCAUGAGGGCCAGCUGUGUGCCCCAAAGCUGGCAGGGUUCCUGCUCAAUACUAUAAACUGGUUGGAUGCUGGGAGGCAGGGACUGGUUGGGGUUGCUGCCCACCUCAAGGGGCUGUGUUCCCUGCUGUCCCAGGAGGACUGGAAGUACCAGGUAUCAGCGCUGACGAGCGACAUGAGCGUCUACUGCUGCCCUUCUCACAGCGACCAAGAGGCAGAGAAGAUCCAGGCCUUUGUGGCGGAGGGGGGAGGGUUGCUGAUUGGGGGGCAGGCCUGGUACUGGUCCUCCCAAAAUCAAGGCCAAGCUGCCGUUGCCGGAUACCCUGGCAACAAAAUCCUCAACCGCUUUGGGAUCAGCAUCCUGGGCAUGAACCUCAAGGCUGAUAAAUACCCAGCACUGCUACCGGGGGAGCUUCCCCGUCACUACCACUUCCGUCAAGCACUCUCCCUCUUCCAGAGGCAUGUGGGGGACAAGGAGGAGGCACUCAGAGCCCCCCUGGCAGACUGGCUGCAUAGGCUAGGGCAGGACUGUUCUGCCUUCCUGAGGAUCCCAGCUGAAGACUGCCCCGCAUACUCCUCACUCCACCGUAUCCUGCUCAAAGUGCUGCACAGAGGUGGGAUCCCGCAGGUCAGCAAGAAGAACCCAAUCAAGAGCAACUCCAAGGAGGCAGCCCUGCUGUGCCUGGCAACACAGCUGUCCCAGACCAUGACGGACUGUGCUGUCCUGGUGCAGAAACCCACCGAUGGGGUCUGCACACUCCCAUCCACCUCUCUUAUCACCCUGGAAAUUGAUGGCACAAAUACAGGUGGGACAGCAUGGAUGAGUACAGGACUUUACCUACCUGAUGGGAACACGGCAAUGAUAACAUUUCCUUGCAUGGCGACCAGUGCUGGUCUGCAGGUGCAGAUCGGAUGUCACUCUGAUGACCUGACCGCUGCGAAGGAGCUGAAACGGGCCCCCAUGGUGAUACGCAAGUGCCAGGUCAGCUGCCAGAAGCAGUCAGUCUCCUGCCUCUGGGGCGGCCUCAUUUACAUCGUCGUGCCAGGGGGGAGUCAGCUGGGCAAAGUGCCCAUCACUGUGGAAGGGGCAAUCCAGGCUCCCUACUUCAGACUGGGAGAGACCUGUAAAUGCCAGUGGCUGGCCAGCAUCCGGCACUACCCUGCACCCUGGGCCGAACUAGCUACUGAGAACAUUAUCCUGACUGUGUCUGCUGACAGCAUCCGCCAUAUAGAGAACCCUGAGCCUCUUCUGACCCUCUGGGACCAGAUCAUGAUGGCUAUAGCUGAGUUGGCAGCAGCACCAGCGAAGUUCCCAAGGCCAGAGAGGAUUGUAACAGACGUCCAGAUCUCAGCUGGCUGGAUGCACGCUGGCUACCCCAUCAUGGGCCACCUGGAUUCGGUGAAGGAGAUGGUGAAUGUGGAACACAUGCGAGCCACUGGCCUAUGGGGCCCCAUCCAUGAGCUGGGACACAACCAGCAGCGGGCAGGCUGGGAAUUCCCCCCUCACACUACUGAGGCCACCUGCAACCUGUGGUCUGUCUAUGUGCAUGAGAAGGUGCUGGGGAUCCCCAGGGACAGGGCCCACCAGGCUCUCCAGCCACAGUGUCGGAAGCAGAGGGUCACAGGUUAUCUGGAGAAAGGGGCUCAGCUGAAGGACUGGAGCAUGUGGACUGCGCUGGAGACGUACUUGCAGCUGCAGGAGGGCUUUGGCUGGGAACCCUUCAUCCUCCUCUUCUCUGAUUACCAGAAAAUGUCCAACAUCCCCAAGGACAACCCCUCCAAGAUGAACCUGUGGGCUGAGAAGUUCUCUCGGCAGGUGAACAAGAAUCUGGCUCCUUUCUUUCUGGCCUGGGGCUGGCCUAUCAAGGAAGACGUCUCCUUGGAACUGGCUACUCUACCAAACUGGGAGGAGAACCCAAUGAAGCUAUACAGACCUGGGAAGAAAUAAAGUCUGGGCACUUUGUCUCCAGAACUAAUCCAAUAGCUACUUACCUUUCCUUUAAGCUGUAUCAGACUUUGCACUGGUCUAGCAGGUAUACUUGGUGCUGCCUCAGCGCAGGGGCCUGGUUUAGAUAAUCAAUCAAGGUCUCUUCCAGCCUGACGUUUCUAUGAUCGUGCCAACACACAGUCUGAUUCUGAUUUUAUAUACAUAACCUCUGUCCUUCACUGGACAGUGGGAUAUGGACUUACUAUUCCCCUAUCUUUGCCCUGAAUUCCAUAGCUUGUUGCUCUCUGUGUGAAAUCCCCACCCGCCCCAUGCAGAGGGUCAGCAAAGGUCUAUGUGACACCCAAAUUCCAUGUAAACCGUGUUUUGAGGACUUAAGUAGUGCAUAGGCUUGGUGCUGACCCUCUGCCUAGGGGGGAAUUUCAUCCCUGCUGGUUUACUUCCUGCCGAACCUGUCUCUCCAUGCAGAUGGGUGGACUAGUCACGAGGUUAUCUCAGGGAUUACACAAAAGAGAUCCAUAUCCUUAUUGCUAACAAUGGCAAAGACAAUAUUGGUUUCUUCUAGUUUAUUGUUUUAAUGUAGGUAACGCUAGACCUUCAAUAUACAUUUCAUUGGUCUUAGUUCUUAUUAAGAUUUAAUCUCUCUAAUACUGGAUAAGGUUCCACACCCACAGUCUUAAAACCAAGUGAUCUCAUACUGCAUUUAUCCAAUUGCCAUUUAGCUGAGAUUUCAAAUACUGGUGCUUUCUUUCAGUUGUGCAUUGCUGAUCUUCAUUUUUCUUCUAUCUCAGAUGUAUUCCUGAUUUUCUGGGAUACCAUCUGUGAAAAUGCAUUGGCUUAGACUUCUGCAUCAUAUUCCAAAGAUACGUUCCAUUCUUUUUUUCCCAUAUUGAUUUGAGAUAUUCUUCCAGUAGACCAUUGUCCCUCAUUCUCCAGGCAGAAGUUCAGCACAGGUGUGGACAACACUUAAAUCCCACUUUGACCCUGUUUUGAAGGCUCAAAAUACAGUUUACAUGGUGCUUAGAUUUUUGUGCUGGCCUUAUAUAGACGGUGAAUUUCACCCUUGGUGAGUGUAUAAGCAGAGGACAAGAUAUGAAUGGAUAUAAAAGAGUUGCUCAAAAUCCUGUCCAUUUUAUUAUAGGACUGUCUUGCUUAAGAGGUGGGAUUAUUUAUUUUUACUCACCAAAAAUGGACUUAAAAAUCCAAAAAAGAGCAGGGCCACAUAUGGCAAAUUACACCAGCUGAGGGUCUGACCUGAAAUGCUUGGAGACCUACAUUAAUGAAAUCCAAAUGUAAACUAACCAAUCUCAUUUUACCAAAAGAGAGAGAUCUGUUCUUUAGCCAAUAUAUGCUAUACUGUGAAAUGGGGGCUAAAUCAGAGUCCUUUUGGCACAUCAAGGAGUCGAAUUCAGAUGUUCAAAGAUGCUUUGCCAAGUGCUCCAAGUGCAAGCUUGGGCCUCCGGUGUGAAAGCAGGGAGCCCAGUCGGUGACUGCAGCAACAAAAGAAGAAACUGUUGUGUAGCGACAGAUCUCAAAAUAAUAAAUGAACAUUUUAUAGCUAUUGUGAAACACUAGUUUAGGGAGCAGGAUCGAAACAAUUCAAUGCACUGUCCAGAAAAAGUUUGUGACACUGUUGAGAAUAGCCCUUUAAGGAAUUGAAGUGGAAAAAGUAAAAUUGAGCUGUAGGCUCCAUUAACUUCAGACUAAAUAAAGCCAGUGACUAAAGAAUUGACCCUUCCAAUAACCUUUGAGAACCAAUGAGUUCAAUUGUGAGCUGUUCAAAUUAAAUAUAGAUUUACUAGCUUCAUUCAUGCAGUCAGUUUUGACUUUGUUGAAAGAUGGGUUGCUAGUGUCUGUUCUUGAUCUGUUGUCCCUUGCUCUGAAAAGGCAACAAAGACCCUCCUGAUACUGGCAAAUCAAAGUUGAUUUUAUUUCUACAGUAUGAUUGUGAGACUAGCCAACACACUUGCAGACAGACUACAAAAUAUAUAGGUACAAUAAUUCUUCAACAACAAACGGUAUAUGAAACAAAAAAUCUUUGAGGCCAACACCACCGGAACGUCUAUUAGAUUCUUUACUAGCAAUUUUUGACAAGAAGAAAAUUGCACAUAAGCAAGGCUUUUCCUAGCAAUUUUUGACAAGAAGCAAAUUGCACAUAAGCAAGGCUUUUCCCCUUAGUGGUUGUAAAGCAUUCAAUAGCUUUGAAUGAACUACUGUUUUAAUAAUAAAUCCAAGCUCUGUACCAUACGCCACAGGUAGCGAUGGCCUCAGUUCUUCUCACUCAAGUGAAUCUAACUUAAGAAGUACAACGCAAGUUUGCCCCAUUUUCCUGUUGAUUAUUCUAGUCCUUGAACUUCUGGCAAGAACCAUAGAAAGGAAUCCACCAGUUUAAGGUAUGGUGGAUUAGAGUGGAAGGAGGGGAAAUUAUGCUGUCUGCAGAUUACAUUAUCUAUAUAUCAUACCACUCUUCAGGUAUUUUAAUACUUUGUAUAUGUAUAUUACAUAUUUGCAGUUUCUUACCAUCCCUAAAUCUACAUAGUUUAUAUUGUUAUUAUGAUUUAUUAUUACUAUUAUGGGAAAGUGAAAUCUGAAUAGACCCCUUAAACCAACUUGCCUGUGCAACUGCUGCCCCACCUCCCUACUCCCAUUCAUCUCUAAGCUCAUCAAAUGUGCUGUUUACAGCCCCUGUUUGGUGUUUCUCUUCUCCAGUUCCCUCUAGACCCUCUCCAGUCUGACUUCUGGCCCUUGCAUGCCACUAAAAUUGUGCUCAUGAAAGUCCCAAAUGACUUUUUACUUGCCAAAGCAGAGAUCCAGCAUUGCAUCCUCAUCCCCCUUGAGGAAUUAGCUACCUCUGACACUCUUCUUAAAAAUUUUAUCCUCCCUUGGGUUCUGUGACUCUGUUCCCUCCUGGUUCUCUCUAAUUGCUCCUUCAGCAUGGCCUUUGGAGUAUUCUCAUCUGCCCUCCAGCUUUCUGUCCCACAGACCUCUGCCCUUGGUCCCCUUCUCUUCUCCCUCUAUACCUUAUCUCUGGGUCAUCUCAUCUGCGAAUACAAACUUAACUACCAUCUUUGUGCUGAUGACACAUAGAUCUACCUCUCUACUCCAGGCCUGUCUCUCUGACAUUUCCUCAUGAAUCUCUAGCUCUCAGUUCAAGCUCAACAUGGUUAAAACAGAGCUCCGGAUCUAUCCCCAAGUCCUACCCACACCUUCUUUCUCAAUCACUGUGAACAACACUAUCUGGCCUGUAACUUGGGCAUCAUUUUCAACUUGAUCCUCUCUGUAAGUCCUCACAUCCAGGCUAUGGCUAAAUCUUGCCAAUUCUUUCUGCAAAGCAUGUCUAAGAUAUGGUCUUUCCUGGCCAUCCACAAAUGUCUCCUAUUGUCUUGUGUCUCUGUUAUGGCGAUAUCCUCUCUGGCCUGACAAAUGCAAUCUUGCCCCAUUUAUCUCCAUUCAGAAUACUGUCGUCAAACUCAUUCCUUAGUCUGUCAGUCUGACCAUGUCACCUUCUCUUUGCAUCCCUUUCUUGGCUCCUAUCACAUCAAACAGAAGCCGCUGGUCUUUAUUUUCAAGGCCUUUCCUUGCAUAUCCCAAGGUAUAUACCUAUCAUCUCAUUUGCUAUCAAAAUGUCAACUCCCAUCUUUGAUUGGCCCAUGAUUCCAGCCUCCCUCGUCCCCUGGUUAAAUUUUCAAACAAUCACCUUUGUGCUUUCUCCCAUGUUGUGGUGUGCUGAGAUCACACACUAUCAUACUGACCAAUGCUGUUUCACUGUUGCCUUGUACUCACCCAUCGGCUUGUGUGUGCCCAUCUGUUGUCUCUUGUCUCAUACCUGGGCAGGUCUACAUUACAGUGGGGAUCAACGCUCUGAGAUUGAUCCACCGGUGGUCGAUUUAGUGGGUCUAGUAAAGAACAACCAAAUCGACUGCAGAUCGCUGUACAGUUGACCCCUGUAUUUUACCCCUAGGGUGACCAAAUGUUCCGAUUUUGUAGGGACAGUCCCGAUAUUUGGGGCUUUUUCUUAUAUAGGCUCCUGUUACCCCCCGUCCCGAUUUUUCACACUUGCUGUCUGGUCACCCUAUUUCCCCAAUGAGAAGGGUAAGAUAAGUCAACAGGAGAUUUUCUCACUUCAACCCCCAGUGGUGUAGACCCCGCGGUAACUCGACCUAAGGUACGUCGACUCCAGCUACAUUAUUUACGUAGUUGGAGUUGCGCAGCAUAGGUCGACAUACUGCUGUAGUGUAGACGUAGUCCCUGGCCCAAAGAGCUUACAAUCUAAGGCUUUCUUUUUCUUCUGUGUUUCUACAGCUCUUAGCAAAAUGGGGUUUUGGUCCUUGACUAGAACUAUGGACUAGGGGGCCUAGGUGCUCUGGUAAUAUAAAUAAUGAGCAAUAAAUAAUACACGAUAGGGAUGAAAUGGCCACCCAGUGGCAGCAGAGAGCAAAGGAAUGAAAGUGAUGUAAUUAGAUGAUUGAACAGGUGCGUUGUGGCUGUGGCUGAAGUUAGGAUAUUUGCUGAGAGUGAGCUAUGGUCUGACGCUAUAUGACAGGGAAAUGAGAUACUAGAUGGUCCCGUGGUCCUUUCUGGGGUGCAGGCAAUGGGAUAACAAGCUAGAUGAAUCAGUGAUUUAAACCUGUGUAGCAGACGGCUGGACUAGAGAGGACAGAGGCCUGAUUUGGAUAAGGAGAGGGAACAAUGCCUUGUUCUAGUACACUAGAAUCUAGCAGAGCAAGAGCUGGCAUGCCAGCGUGGAUGGAAUAAUAAUUGACUAUAGUAUUCCCUAAAUGAAACUGUCCUCUGCUAGAGAGAACAAAUUAUUUCCUUCAGGAAAUGCAAUUUCUUUGCAUGGCAUUUUGAGAAAUAAAGAAUGUUCCUCGGUGUUAAUUUAGGGUCACAGUCAGUUUUUCUCUAAGACCGAAGUCAGGAGAGAUUCUCCUCUUCGUAAUCUCUCUGGAUGGAAACAGGUGUAGGUGAGGGGGAAGCGGUGUGAUUUCCUGAUAGAUUCACCUGUUGUAAAAUCUUAUCACCAGCAACUUUAAAUAAGGCCCUUCCACAUUUACUGUUUACAAGUUACAGCAUCACUUUCAAUGACCAGACUUUUAAUUAGACCCAGAGAGAUUUUUUCAAGAUUGCCCUCUAAGCCGUUCACUGCUGCGAAGACACUGGUGUUUAGAACAGCAGUAACCCAGGGCCUACCAAGGUCAAUGGAAAGAUUCCAGCAGAGCCCGUGAAAUAGACUUGAAUGGGAUCCUCGGAGCUGAAACAAUUCAGAGGCAGCCAGUCAUGAAGCAUGGCACCUCUUUCUUGUUCCCUUGCCCUCUCCUCUCCUCUUUGUCACAGUUUUGUAUAAUUAAUUCUCAUCCCGUUACCUUUUGCUUACUGUAGUUAACAUCAGCAAUUUGUGUUUAACUUUUCAGUUUUCCCCUUUUAUUUCCUCAUAGUUGUUUAUUAAACUCAGUGUCUCCUCUUCAAUCAGAUAGUCAAAGUCACUGCUCUCUGUGUAUGUGUUACUUCUUUAUAUUGUUUUUAUUGCAUUCAAGAUAAAACAGAAAGAAGAUAGUUACAUGGGAACUGGAGAGUAUUAAGUGUUAGCGAACACAAGUAAAAUAAAAUCUGUAUUAGGGGUCUGUUUUGUUUUUUUUUACUGAUUUACUCACCGUGAUAAAGGGGCAUUGUCAGGCACUAUUUAGGUUCUAAAUCUAGGAUUUCUUAAUCAAAAGUAUAUCAUUUAUUACAAGUAAUGUCAACUUUAAUUUCAGCCUUCUUGUUCAAAUGCUUUGUGACACUAUCUUUAAUUACAUGAUCAUAUACUAUUUUUUCUACAGGCUCUGACCUCAUUCAGGACAGGACAGAUGCACCAAUAAAUCUGGCAUUUCCUAUCUUUACAGUUCUUGACUUUGCUGCCUCAGUAACAUUUUAAAAACAUCUUUUAGCAUUUUUGUAUCUCCCCUGUGCCACACACACACAUGACAACAUAAUAUCGAU